AAGCCCGGCCACAUUAGGAGCCCAACAUCAGCCGACCAGUCCCAGUGUUACGCCCCGAGGAAGGGCGGAGAGAGCCGGCCCCAAAACCGACUCACGGAGCUCCACUAGCCGCCGCGUGGGUUGGCUAUCAUCCUCUCGCGGCCGCUCGCUUCUCCGCUUUUUUGUUUUAGGCUAGGGCGCCGCUGCCGCUAAAAUUAAACACCCUUCUUCCGCCGAGCGCCCCAAAGCGUUCUUCCGUGCCCUAAAAAGCAGCAACAGUAGCAGUAGCAGUAUCGGCAACAAGCCAACAAUGGUGAGACUGACGGCGGAUUUGAUAUGGAAGAGCCAACACUUCUUUAAUUGCAUCAAGGAGCGAGAGUUGGACCUCCGAGGGAACAAGAUUGCAGUCAUUGAGAACUUGGGUGCCACUGAGGACCAGUUUGACACAAUUGAUUUGUCUGACAAUGAGAUUGUCAAGCUUGAGAACUUUCCUUACUUGAAUCGUCUGGGUACUUUGCUAAUUAAUAAUAACAGGAUCACUCGCAUCAAUCCUAAAAUUGGAGAAUUCUUCCCGAAGUUACAUACUCUAGUCCUUACAAAUAACCGUCUACUAAACUUGGUGGAGAUUGAUCCCCUUGCAUCGCUUCCGAAGCUGCAAUUCCUUAGUUUAUUGGACAAUAAUAUUACAAAAAAACCAAAUUAUCGGUUAUAUGUGAUCUACAAAUUGAAACAACUGCGGCUGCUUGAUUUCAAGAAAGUGAAACAGAAGGAGAGGCUUGAAGCAGAACGCUUGUUUGCAUCAAAAGAAGCAGAAGAGGAAGCCAAAAAUAUACCUGCAAAGACAUUUACUCCAGGUGAAGUUCCGGAUGUACCCAAUGCUUCAAAAGCAGAGGAGGCUCCUAAAGUUGUUGCCCCUACACCCGAGCAAAUUACAGCCAUCAAGGCUGCAAUUGUGAACUCUCAAACACUUGAAGAAGUAGCAAGGCUUGAAAAGGCUCUGAAGUCUGGUCAAAUUCCUGCAGAAUUUCAGAUUCUGAACAAUGAUGUAGCCAUGGUUGCAGACCAUGCGAAAGACGACAAAAUGGACAUGGAUGAUCAGAAUGAAGUAAGUGAUGCUCAAGAUCAGAAGCAAACUGAAGAUCCAACACCAGUAGAACAGGACUGAGGCGUUUCUACAUCAAUUCUCUAGAUGGUUAUCCUUUCCUGGCAAGUUGACUGUUCCAAAGGGGUCAACGGGUCUCAGAAAAUGGAAGCAUAGCGUCAAGCUGUGUAUCAAAGUUCCUUUUCCCCGCUUCAAUCUAUAACCUAGAAAUAUGCUGUAGUUGCUUGAUCUGUGCUUGGUCUGAUUAUAUGACACCAUUCAACAUGAUACUGGCAGAAGGUUUUGGUUUGCUCUCAAAUGUUGUCUAAAUGCAUUUCAGCCAAGACGGGGAUCUAACUUUGGGAACAAUUCAUGUCUCGCUAUAUAAAAAUUUCUGUUAACUGUGAAUGAAUUUUGAGCUAUGCCUUGUGUGGCGUAGUUAAAGUGAAUGGGAAAGCUUGUGCUGCUUGUGAGUAUGCCUACUUUUUCACUACACUUAACAGCACAAUGUUGUAUAAUUAUCUGAAAGCGAAUGGGAAAGUUGUUAUUUUCCUUUGCCCCUCAGCA